AUGAAACCAACACAAGCAGUACAAGAAGCUGAUAAAGGAAGAGAAUUUUUGGCUGUGCAAAAGAAGCUGAACUCUCACAAGCGAUCAUGGCGGAGGAGUUUCAAAUAGGCGGCGGAAACUGGUGGGGUUCAUCGAGAGCCAGGUUCGAAGGCGGAACAACUCCCUCAUCGUCCUCGGGACUGAUCAGCAUGGGCAGCAGCUUCGGAUGGCCGGCGGAGAUAGUGGACCUCAAUUACAAAGCAAUAUCGUCGUCUAAUUUUACGAAUUCCGUGUCCGCAUCCGUAUCCAGUAAUCCCAUGCCUUUCCAGGACACCCGGAAACUGGCACAAGACCCCAACUCACAAAUGAUGGGUUUAGGCCUUUCUUCUCAUGCAAUGGAUUGGCACCAAGACAAUCCACGUCGUGGCGGUGAAAAAGCGGAGACUAGAUAUUUGCCCGGGCUUCAGCAAAACACGAGCUUCGCCGCGAAUUUCGAUCAGCAAGAGAUCGGGAUGGAGUCAUGGAGACAAAAACUAAACUCCAGCAAUUCUGAUCAGGCCAAUGAGUAUAAGCAAUUCAGUACUCCCAAUAUCAGCUCCAGUUUCCAGAUGGAUCCAGCGGCUUAUGGAAGCCUCUCAUCAACCAUAUCAUCACAAGGAACAGUCUUGGGAUCUGAUCAAAAUCAACAUCGGCCUAAUUUCAUGUACCCUGCAAAUAAUUAUGGAUUGAAUAAUCCGGGCGAAUUAUCGCCUUCGUUGUCGAAACUUCCUCGCUACUUGAGAAAUUCGCCUCCGAAACAACAAUCAAAUAGCCAGUUGCAGUUUUCCGACGACGCUCCUUCGUGGAAUGCAGCGUCAGCAUCCAUGAACGAUGUUCGAUCGAGCACUUUAUUCUCUCCACCAACCUUCGAUGCGAGACCUAAGAAUAAAUCGGUGGUCCGGGAUUUGGGUAAGGUGGCGACUAAGAAAAGUAGUAGUGAAGCAUCGAACAAAAGGUCCCGGAGCGAAACAUCGUCUUCUUUGCCACCUUUUAAGGUAAGGAAAGAGAAGAUGGGGGACAGAGUCACUGCACUCCAACAACUGGUUUCACCUUUCGGAAAGACAGAUACAGCUUCGGUGCUCUCCGAGGCGAUCGAAUACAUCAAGUUCCUCCAUGAACAAGUUAAUGCUUUGAGCAGCCCAUACAUAAAAAGUGGAGCUUCCAUGCAAUACCACCACCUGGGUUUUGAUAAACCAAGAGACUGUAAAGGACCAAAGCAAAAUCUGAGAAGCAGAGGGCUGUGUUUAGUUCCAGUUUCAAGCACAUUUCCAAUCACUUGUGAGACACCAGUUGAUUUUUGGAGUAGUACUCCUACGUAUGGAGCGACCCUCAGAUAUAAAUAGAUGAAAUAGCAGCCAUGGAUCGAUAUUCGGGCACGCGACCGAUUAUCCGGUGGCAACUGGUCCUUGUUGAAGCCCUUGAUCAAAAGUCUGAGAUGAGGAAGUAGGUAGAUAUAUAUGAUGUUGAUUUAGAGAAAGAAGAAGAAAACGACCCUUACUUGAUGGACUUGGUGCAUGACCCUAUAGUGCAUCUCCCUGUACCAUAGGAGUAUAGUGCACGAUCUGACUCGUCCGUCUUGACAAUCAAUGAUUCAGAUUUCAUAUCGGCUCUUGCAUAUUUUAGCUGUCUAUUGCCAAGAUGAAAUUUGAACCCUUUGUUGAGCAAUUGUUGGGCCAGAUGCUGGCAAAACGCGCUUCAUUAGUGAUUAAGUUGAAUAGAGGGACAAGAAGGUAUAUAUACCUGACUCCAUGGGACUCACUUAGACUUGUAAUUUUCCGACUUCAUUUUCUUACAUAAUAUAUGCUUUAUUUUAUGUCCUA